UCACGUAUUCUGUAAUUUCUUUUACAGUAAAAUAUCUCCAACGAUAGUAGUGGAUGUGCCGGAAGCAUCUUCCAUAAUGCAAGAAGAGAUAUUUGGACCAUUACUUCCUAUAGUUACCGUUGAAAAGAUUGAAGAUGGCUUUCAGGUUAUACGUUCAAAGCCAAAGCCUUUAGCAGCGUAUCUCUUCACAAACAACAAAGAGUUGCAGGAACAAUUCGUGCAGAGCGUGUCUGCUGGAGGAAUUAGCAUCAAUGACACUGUCUUACAUGUAACUGUAAAAGAUCUACCAUUUGGAGGGGUCGGGGAGAGCGGGAUUGGGGCUUACCAUGGCAAAUUCUCGUAUGAGACGUUUAGCCACAAGAAAGGUGUUCUUUACCGAAGCUUUUCCGGGGAUGCGGAUCUUAGAUAUCCUCCUUACACACAGAAAAAGAAGAUGGUGCUGAAGGCUUUGCUCUCUUCAAACAUAUUUGCUGCCAUUUGGGCUUUCUUUGGGUUCUCUCAAGACUCUUCAUGAUCACAUGUGAUAAUCACUGUAACUUGAUGGCAUUAUACAAGCUUAUAAAGUUGAAUACUUCCAUAGAGAUAUAAAGGAUCAAUGUGAAAAUUAGGUUAUAAAUAAAAAUGCUUAUAUUUACUUUACA